ACAAGUUUGGAUUAAUUUUAGGGGCCAGCUCACAAAAAGCUGUUUACUGUUACUUUAAAAUUGGGCAAUGAAGAAUAUGAAGCUGAAGGACCAAGCAUAAAAAAAGCCCAGCAUGCUGCUGCUGCCUUGGCUCUUAAAAGGACAGAUUUGAAGCAUCCUCCUCCAAAAACUGCUCGAAUUAAUAGGUCUGGCCUGAGGAACCCCGGUAUGGUCACUCCAACAGUAGAAUUGAAUGCACUAGCUAUGAAAAGAGGAGAACGAACGGUGUAUGUGCUAGAUAGUGUUCCAUCACAUCAACCUCAGGGAUACAUUUCACAAACUGGUUAUUAUCCUCGACAUAAUAUGUAUAAUCCAGGGCAACCACGUUAUCCAAAUUUUGAUAUUCGGCGGGGCCGAGGAUACCAUACCCAUUAUGAUCGAUAUUAUGGACCGUAUAGACCUGGUUACCAGCAUCCUUCUGGAGAACCAGUAACUGUACGCCUUCGAGUUGGAGACAGAGAAUACCCAGGCGUGGGAUGCACCGUUCAGGCGGCCCGUCAUGAUGCAGCAUCCAAAGCUGUCGAAGAUAUUAAACAAAUGGAAGCUGAAGAACAACAACAUCAGCAGCAGCAACAACAGCAACAACAACAACAACAACAACACCAGCAGCAGCAGCAACAGCAGCAGCAGCAGCAGCAAUGCAAUACAACACAAGAAAAUGGUUACUUGGUAACGACAAAUGGAAAUAUUAAUCAGGAUUUAAGUACAGAACUCAAAUCUCCAAUUUCAUUGGUACACGAAAUUGCCCUUAAAAGAUCUCUGAAUGUAACUUUUGAGGUUCUUAGUGAGAAAGGCCCUCCUCAUAUGAAGAUUUUUGUGACCCAAUGCCGAGUUGGGGAUAUCAUAUUAAUGAUAGAUUGA